AUGACAUACUUUAUAAAAAAGGAAGCUUAUUACUUGGUAGAAAAGUUAAGACAAAAACAAUUAAGGGCAUUCCAUUUACUUAUCGAAAAGGCCAAAUAUUAUUCCAGGAUUUUUGACAGCACCCCGGAUAUUUACCACAAAGAUCAAACAAGCCAAGUAUUACGAUACGUGAUGAUUGAAAAACAGGAAGUUAGAGUAGAGGAAUCUUUUAUAGAUUCCAUUGAAACAAAAAGCAAAACUGCGGAAGGUAUAACCGACAUGAUAGUAAUCAAUCUUAAAGCUGAUGAGCUCGACAUUAUGAACUGUAGAGGGCAAGCUUAUGAUAAUGCUGCCACGAUGGCUGGAUGCCACACAGGCUUCUGGCAACCGGUAUUGCGUGAUGUCAAUGAUGCUCAAAAAUAUUUGCAAACAGAGGGACUAAACAUACAUCAAUGUGCUCAUAAAAUAAGUGCUUUACAGAAAGUAUCAGAAAAAAACCGGGAGGAAUUCAUGGAUGACGCUUUAAGAUAUGCUAAAAGUUUAUGUGAAGAGCUUGGAAUUUCUUUUGAACUACCAAGACGAAGAAGAAAGCAUAUAUUUGGCGACGGAAAUAAAGAUGCUGAGUUAUCGUACGAAGAUGACUUGAGGCGAACAAUGUUUUCUUCAAUAGACAGAGUAACUGCUGAAAUUCGAGAAAGAUUCUAA